AUGGCGUUGGCGGACAGGAGGGUGGGCGUGGCGGUGGACUUCUCGCCGUGCAGCAAGGAGGCGCUGAAAUGGGCGGUGGACAACGUCGUGAGGGACGGCGACCAUCUCAUCCUCGUCAACGUGCAGAAGGAGGGCCAGUACGAGGGGGGUGAGACCCAGCUAUGGGAGGCCACAGGCUCGCGUGAGUGUCCCUGGACCAUCCUUUCCCCAAAAUCCUCCCGAUCUGUCUCUCUCCCUCUCCCAAUCGCCACGAUCCUGGAAAUCAUCGCCGCUGUUCCGCUGCUUUUCUCUCCCCCGAUCCCUGAUCAGUUCAUGCGGCACCCUUUCCCAUUUCGAAUUCCCUAUUUCCCCUCAUUAUUAAUUUUCUUAAGAUCUGUAUUUCCAUCGCCGAUUCUUCGAUCGUGAUUCAUGAUUCGUGAGUUCUACUUUCUUUCUUCGGACGGAUGCUUGGUCCGCUAACUCCUCCACCUUCUCCUUGCUGGAGACAUCGCGGAGGAACCAUAUGGCUGACCUAAAUCAUAUGGAAUUCAUCUUGUUCUUCAGACGAAGAACGAUACGAGAAAGGGUGGGAUAGAUUCAAACAGCCAAUUCCACGAAUUAUUAACCCUGCCUGGCUUGUUCUUUCGCAGCGUUUAUCCCUCUCUCGGAGUUCUCCGACGCGGCGAUUUCGAAGAAGUAUGGAAUCAAGCACGAUCCCGAAACCUUGGACCUUCUCAACACCUUGGCGAAGCAGAAAGAGGUAAUCAAUGGCUCUUCUUCUCGCCCCCAGAGGAAGAACCAUGAUCGGGCUUCAUAAAUUCCACCCUCUGAUUCCGUUUAUCAGGUUGUGAUCGUGGUGAAGACAUACUGGGGAGAUCCGCGGGAGAAGAUCCUGGAAGCCAUCGACAACAUCCCUCUUAGCUGCCUCAUCAUAGGGAACAGAGGGCUCAGCAAGCUCAAGCGGUAAAGUCUGGACCCUUCAUUUUCUCACAUGGAUCGUUCUUCCACUGCAUCGACCCCGAAGGAGGGUAGCUCUUGCAGAUCUCACCAUUUUUGCUUUCCUUUGCUUCCCCCAUGCAGCGUAAUAAUGGGAAGUGUCAGUAACCAUGUUGUGAGCAACGCCACCUGCCCUGUCACCGUCGUGAAGCACGCUCAUGAAGGGUAG